AUGUCGACCUAUAGUCUUCAAGUUCGUCAAGCGGUUCCCUCCGUCGACCCCGUUGUUGUAUCUUAUGCCUCAGGUUACAUUCAGCAUGUCUCCAACAACACAGAGGAUAGCGUCACAGCUCAGCUAAUUGAUAUCCCAGAAGAAAUGUUCUUUAUUAACAAGCUUUUAAUUGAAGCAGGAGGCAUUGAAGCUAAGGUCAACGAGCUCACUAAUAAGCUCAUUGAAGUCCUUGGCGAAAAAUUGAGAGAAAACACUGCUAAGUUAGAACUUACCGGAGACAAGUCCAAGAGGUUAUUGGACAUCAAUUUAUUGCAGCAAAAUAACUCCAAGAGAGAUAUCAACCUGUCCUUGGCACUUCUUAGUGCCAGUAAUGACAUCGAGCAUACUGGUAGAAAGAUGGAAAGUAGAGUCGAUAAGAAGAAGUUAGAGAAGCAAGAAAGAAAGAUUGCCAAGAAGGUGGCUAAGAGAAAUAACAAGUUUGUUCAAUAUGAAGCCUCCAAGCUAUUAAACGAAUCUAAUGGUGAUGACUACGAUUCCUUCUUCUUGAAGAUUAACCCUAUCGACUUUGGUUCUGGAGCCGGAAAGUCCAAGGAUAUUAAGCUUGAUAACUUUGAUUUGUAUGUUGGGGAAGGUCAAAGAAUCUUGAGCGAUGCUUCAUUGACUUUAGCUUACGGAAGAAGAUACGGUUUGGUAGGUCAAAACGGUAUUGGUAAAUCUACAUUGUUAAGAGCAUUGUCUAGAAGAGAAUUGAAUGUCCCUAAACAUAUUUCUAUUUUGCAUGUGGAACAAGAAAUCAGAGGAGAUGAUACUUCUGCUAUACAGAGUGUGUUAGACGCUGAUGUUUGGCGUAAAAACUUACUCGGAGAAGAGCAAAAGAUUGCAGACAGAAUUACAGAAAUUGAAAAGUUAAGAGCUGAAUUUGAUGAAGAAUCAUUGGAAGUUCGUAAGUUGGAUAACGAGAGAGAAGAUUUGGAGAAGCAUUCACAGGAAGUGACAGAAAAAUUAUCUGAAAUGGAAUCGGAUAAAGCAGAAAGUAGAGCCGCUGCUAUCUUAUACGGUUUAGGUUUUACCAAGGAAACUCAAAACGAUGCUACAAAGUCAUUCUCUGGUGGUUGGAGAAUGAGAUUGUCUUUAGCAAGAGCAUUGUUCUGUAAGCCAGACUUAUUGUUGUUGGAUGAACCUUCCAAUAUGUUGGAUGUUCCAUCGAUUACCUAUCUUGCCAAAUAUUUGCAGACCUAUGAAGCUACCGUCUUGGUUGUUUCACAUGACAGAGCUUUCCUUAACGAAGUUGCUACUGAUAUCAUACAUCAACACUCAGAAAGAUUGGAUUACUACCGAGGGUCCAAUUUUGAUAAUUUCUAUGCUACUAGAGAAGAAAGAAUCAAGAAUCAACGUAGAGAAUAUGAAAAUCAAAUGGCUUACAGGAAGCAUUUGCAAGCAUUUAUCGAUAAGUUCCGUUAUAAUGCAGCCAAGUCUUCAGAAGCUCAGUCGAGAAUCAAGAAGUUGGAAAAAUUGCCCCUUUUGGAAGCACCAGAAGAUGACAAGGUUGUUACAUUCAAGUUCCCUGACCCAGACAAUUUGCUGGCUCCAAUUUUGCAAAUGCUGGAAGUUUCCUUUGGUUACACACCGGACAAGAUUUUAUUGAAGAACGUUGAUAUGGAUAUACAAAUGGAUUCGAGAAUUGCAUUCUGUGGUGGUAACGGUACAGGUAAAACUACGUUAUUGAAGUUGUUAAUGGAGAACUUAAGCCCACUUUCCGGGUUAAUUAGCAGAAAUGGUAGAUUGAGAAUUGGUUACUUUGCACAACAUCACGUUGACUCGAUGGAUUUGAACUUAUCUGCAGUGCUGUGGAUGUCACAAAAAUUCCCUGGUAAGUCAGAUGAAGAAUAUAGAAGACACCUUGGUUCCUUUGGUAUCACCGGAACAUUAGGUUUGCAAAAGAUGGAAUUAUUAUCAGGAGGACAGAAGUCGCGUGUGGCAUUCGCUGCUUUAUGUUUGAACCAACCUCAUAUCUUGAUUUUGGAUGAACCUUCUAAUCACUUGGAUACCCAAGGUUUAGAUGCGUUGGCAGAAGCUUUAAAUAACUUCAAGGGUGGUGUAUUGAUGGUUUCGCACGAUGUUUCCAUUAUUGAUAAGGUCUGUAAUGAAAUUUGGGUUUCUGAAGACGCCUUGGUCAGGAGAUUCCCAGGUGACAUCCACGCUUACAAGAAACAUAUCUUGGAAUUAGCAGAUGCAUCUGGUGUUGUUAGAAGACAUUAA